CUUACAGGUGUGGUUUGGCAGGAGAAGUUGAGGAGCGUUCACUUCAGCCAUGCAGGAGAGACAGGACACACCUCUGGGCACACUACAGCCGCAGACACGAUGCCUGCGGUGUGGGGAUGUGCUGGAGUGGUCAGAGGAGCACAGUGUCCUGCUGGGCUGUUCCUGCUGCUCUACAGUGGAUGAGACACUGGAGAAUGUAGCCAGAGGCCUGGCCAGCAGAAUGAAAACGGAGAAGAGUCACUGGGCAGCUGGAAGAGUGGGCGACAUAGACUUCAUUGGCCCCACGAAGACAAGAGGGAAGUUUAUGAGAGUGUGCAGCAGCACGGAUCCAGUGCUGAUCUACCAGAUGCUGACAGAAGAGUGGGGCCUGGCUCCUCCACACCUGGUGGUGGCGCUGGUGGGAGGAGAUGAGGUGGCUCAAAUGAAGCCGUGGCUCAGGGACACUCUGAGAAAAGGACUUGUGAAGGCUGCACAGAGCACAGGGGCCUGGAUUUUGACUAAUGGCCUUCGCUUUGGCAUCACCAAGCACUUGGGCCAGGCGGUAAGAGAUCACUCCUUGGCCAGUACCUCCUCCAAAGUUCGUGUAGUGGCCAUUGGCAUCGCACCUUGGAACAUGAUCCACAACCGAGAGGCACUCCUCACUGCCAAGGUGGAUGAGCCUGCUGUAUACAAGCCACAGGACCUGCCUCAUGGGUCAGUGUAUUCCCUGGACAGCCACCACUCUCACUUUGUGCUGGUGGAGGAGGAUCCCAACAGACCAGGAGCCACCAGUGAAAUGAGGGUGAAGCUGCUCAAACACAUCUCUCUUCAGCGCACUGGUUAUGGAGGCACAGGCAGUUUUGAGAUUCCUGUUCUGUGUCUCUUGGUCCAUGGGGAACCCAGGAUCCUAAAGAGGAUGUGUAAAGGCAUUGGCAAUUCAACACCGUGGCUGAUCCUGGCAGGCUCAGGAGGCGUGGCUGACAUCCUCGUCACACUGAUGAAUAGGGGGUGCUGGGAUAUGGACAGUGUUCAUGAGCUGCUUCUGGACACCUUUCCAAAUGCCCACCACAGCACAGACAUCAGUAACUGGGUCAAGCUGAUCCAGAAGAUACUCGAUCAUGGGCAUCUCCUCACUGUCCACGACCCUGAACAGGAGAGCUCGGAGCUGGAUACCGUCAUUCUCAAAGCUCUAGUCAAGGCUUGUAAGAGCCAAAGUCAGGAAGCUCAGGACUUCCUGGAUGAACUGAAGCUGGCUGUGGCCUGGAACAGGGUGGACAUUGCCAAGAGUGACAUCUUCAAUGGAGAUGUGGAGUGGAAGGCAUGCGACCUUGAAGAGGUGAUGAUGGACGCACUGAUCAAUGACAAACCUGACUUUGUGCGCCUUUUUGUGGACAACGGCGUGAACCUGGGCGAGUUCCUUACCUACGGACGCCUGCAGGAGCUUUACUGGUCUGUGUCGGAGAAGAGCCUGCUUCACAACCUGCUCCUCAAAAAGUACGAGGAGAAGCAGCUUCUGCUUGGAGCUGCCAGGACACCUGGUCCACCUGGGCACCAUCCGCCUGAGCAAGGGAAACCCCGCUUCACCCUGUACGAGGUUGCCAAAGUGCUGAAAGAUUUUCUUCAUGACUCCUGCAAAGGCUUUUACCAAAAGAUUCCCACGGAGAAGCCAGCAAAGGGUCGACUGUUCCACAGCCAGAAGAACCUGGCUGAGUUAGAGGAGCGCUGCGAACAUCCUUGGAGGGAUCUUUUCCUCUGGGCCGUCCUUCAGAACCGGCAACAGAUGGCUAACUACUUUUGGGCCAUGGGCCCUGAGGCGGUUGCGGCAGCGCUGGCGGGUUGUAAGAUUCUGAAAGAGAUGGCACGACUGGAAUCUGAGGCUGAGUCUGCACGUAGUAUGAAGGAGGCCAAGUAUGAGCAGUUUGCCCUUGAUGUCUUUGGAGAGUGUUACUCCAACAGUGAAGACAGGGCUUAUGCUUUGUUAGUGAGGAGAACACACUGCUGGAGCAAAUCUACGGUCCUUAACUUGGCAACUGAGGCAGAUGCCAAAUCCUUCUUUGCCCACGAUGGAGUUCAGGCUCUCCUCACAAAGAUUUGGUGGGGGGCGAUGACGACUGACACAGCCAUUUCCAAACUCGUGGUGUCGUUCUUCUGCCCACCACUCAUCUGGACCAACCUCAUAAAGUUCAGUGACGAGGAACUGGACAAUCGUAAUGGCCGUGAGCAGUUCGUGGAGCUGGACAGUCUGGAUACGGAAAAGGCUUUGCUGUUAACUGACGACGAUGACCCCUUGGACUCUCCACCUGGGGAUCCAGCAGCUCAGAGCUGUGCCUCUGUCUGGUGGCGUUUCUUACUCCGCCGCUGGCGUCGCUUCUGGAGCGCUCCUGUCACUGUGUUCCUUGGUAAUGUCAUCAUGUACUUCGCCUUCCUCUGCCUCUUCACCUACGUGCUCCUGCUAGACUUCCGCCCACCACCGCCCUCCGGCCCUGGAGCCCCAGAGAUAAUGCUGUACUUCUGGGUCUUCACCUUGGUGCUGGAGGAACUCCGACAGAGCUUUUUCACGGAUGAAGAGAUGAACAUCUUGAAGAAGUUCAAACUCUACGUCGAGGACAACUGGAACAAGUGCGACAUGGUUGCCAUCUUGCUCUUUGUUGUUGGGGUUUCGUGCAGGAUGGUUAAUCACACCUAUGAGGCAGGAAGGACAGUCCUGGCGAUAGACUUCAUGGUUUUCACCCUUCGUCUGAUCCACAUCUUUGCCAUUCAUAAGCAGCUCGGCCCCAAGAUCAUUAUUGUGGAGAGAAUGAUGAAGGACGUUUUCUUCUUCCUCUUCUUCCUGAGUGUGUGGCUCAUAGCGUACGGUGUUGCAACGCAGGCUCUUCUCCACCCCAAUGAUCCCAGGAUCGACUGGGUGUUCCGCAGAGCCUUGUACCGCCCCUACCUGCACAUUUUUGGCCAGAUCCCCUUGGAGGAAAUAGACGCUGCUCGCAUGCCUGAAAUUAACUGCACCAAUGACUCAGAGGAGAUUAUCAUGGGCCUACGGCCGCCAUGUCCCAACAUCUACGCCAACUGGCUGGUCAUUCUGCUGCUGGUUAUCUUCCUACUUGUCACCAAUGUCCUGCUGCUCAACCUGCUUAUUGCUAUGUUCAGCUACACAUUCCAGGUGGUGCAGGGCAACACGGACAUCUUCUGGAAGUUCCAGAGAUACAACCUGAUUGUGGAGUACCACAGCCGUCCCGCCCUGGCUCCACCCUUCAUUAUCAUCAGCCACCUCUCUCAGAUCCUCCUCAGCCUGGUCAAACGGCCUGAGUCCAAGCAGGAGCAUCUUGAGAGGGAGCUGCCGGCAGGGCUAGACCAGAGGCUGAUAACAUGGGAGACAGUGCAGAAAGAGAACUACCUGGCCAAACUGGAGCGACAGCACUGGGAAAGCAGUGAGGAGAGACUCAAGAAUACCUCCUCAAAGGUUCAGAGCUUGCUGAGGAUUGUCAGUGGGUUUAAGGAUCAAGAGAAACGACUGGCAUCCAUGGAGGCUCAGGUCAGAUAUUGUGGAGAGGUGUUGUCCUGGAUGGCAGAGUGCUUUGCUAAAAGCACACUCAAGUGUGGGAAAGAAGCUCCAAGAGCUCCAACGUCCCUGACAGGCGCCAAGGCAAGCAGCAGCGAGGAUGCACCUCAAAGUCAACCAGAGAAAGAAGCCAAACAGGACAGGGGAGAAGCCAAACCGGGUAACCCAGGCUAUGGAGCUAACAAAAAAUUUCCUUAUAUUGAUGAAUAAAAGUUGAUACCACUAGCCGGUAGCAUUAUGGUGCCAUGUAUAAGAUUUUUAGAAUAUUCUGAGGUAUGAUCAUGGUGUAAUUGUGGGAAAGGGGACGUUGAUUUGCUUUGAGCUUUAAUUUAAAUGAAUAAAAUGGCGUUGGAUGUGUUCACAGAUGUAUCCCUGGUUUUUGAGUGUUGUUGCGUUACACAUUACGAAUACUUAUACAGCUUCGUGUUGUUGUAAGACAUUCUAAAUAGUGUUUUCAACAUUACUCUGACUGUACCUGACUGUACCCAAAAGAAAUACCAAGUUUACCAAGUUCCUUCAGUGCAAUAAAA